AUGAACCUGGCUGCCCAGUUUCUGAUCUCCAAGGUCAGGAACGCCAAAGCUCCAGAGCAGAACUCUUCUGAAGAUCACGAAUAUGAUCCAUUUUGGAAAAGUAUUGUUGAGCGGAUGUUUGGAGACAAGCGGAUUCUUAAAGAGAUUAAUCUGCUUAUUUUACUCAAACACAUUAAAGGUCAAGUGACAAGCGAUGAAGGAGCUUCCCAGCCUGUCCCGGGCCCGUCCCCCGGGUCUCACUGCCACAGGGACGGGCCAAUCAGGAAUGGGUGCCUGGUGCAGAGACGGAAGAUUAACCCAGACAGAAUGAAGGACUUUGGGGAGGACGAGUACCUGAGCAAUGACGUGAGGAUGUGGGAAGUGACAGUGACGGGCCACUCGGAGACACAGCUGAGGAACGCUCCGCCGCCAUUGCCAGUGUCAGUGCCAGUGCCCGCGCGUCCCUCCGUCACGAAGAUCAAUGACUCUGCCUGCAGCAGCACACAUGUCCGAUUCGAAGACAUCAGUGCUGCGGCCUUCAAAAUCCAGUGCGGACUCCAGAAGACCCCCUGCACGUACUCCAGGCUGUCUAAGCAGUAUGGAAUGGAGAUUCACUUAAAGAAAGAAUACCUGCACUACACCGGGAGUACGAAAGAGAGAGGCGUGUGGUACAUAUUGACGUCUCUGCCUCAGGAGCAGCAGAGGAAGGGGGUGAUUGUGGCGUCUGACAAUCACUUCUCCAUGGCAGUGGCGUACCACGCCACCGAGCUCCACAUUCCAGUCUUUGUCAUCAUGUCCACCAACACCCCCCUGUCCAAGAUCAAGAUGUGCCGGGAGUACGGGGCCAUGGUGAUUGCUUACGGAGGCACCGUCAAGGACUCCCAGUGCCAUGCACAGAAGCUGGCCAAGGAAAACGGAUACCUUUACCUCCAGGAGGAGGACAGUGUGUGUUAUUUGGCUGGUCUGGGGACACUGGGGCUGGAGAUUUUUGAGCAGGUCCACAAGCUGGAUGCUGUCAUAUUGCCAGCGGGGGGAGAGAGCAACCUGCUGGUGGGAGCCGCAGCCUCCAUCAAACACCUCAACCCACAUACCACCAUCAUCGGUGUGGAGCCUGAGAGCUUUCCUACAUUGCAACACUCUCUCAAGAUAGGCCACGAACCCCAAGACACAGCCGGCACCAAACACACGUUCUAUGGAGAAUUGGUCAACUCCACUUUUGGAACCAACGCCUUCCAAAUGGCCAAGAAACUUGUCGACAAGAUUGUUACAGUCACGGAGGAGGACAUCUUGCUCUCACUCCUCCGGCUCACAGAGUACGAGGGGGCCACAGUGGGGGCUGAGGGAGCUAUCACCCUCGCUGCUGUGGUGGCGGGCAAAUUGCCACAGCUCAAGGGCAAACGUGUGGUGGUGGCUCUGUGCAGUGGGAACCUGGACUAUCCUCUGAUGCGACAGUGUCUGGACAGGGCCCUAGUGCUGGAUCACAGGCUCUGUAAGUUCGCCGUCCAGAUACCUAACCACGCGAGGGACAUGGUGAAGCUGCUGGAGAUUCUGGCACGUGAGGAAGUGCGGGUGUUGGAUAUCAUUCAGGAACAAUCGUUUAUCACCACAGAUAUCUUCAGUGUUAAGGUGACCUGCGUGGUUGAGACACGAGACAAGGUGCAGGCACUGCAGCUACAGACCUCGUUGGCAGAACACUUCUCCUCCAUCAUAUGGCUGGAGCGGUAAAAGGACUCGGACACUCAGAGCACAUCGCCUCCCCUCCUGCCCUCCCCAUAAGUCGUAUCAGUCGGACCAUAGCUUUUAAUAUGUCUUACGCAAAGUCCGAGUUGCAGGCAAACCGUAUAAAUCGGAUAAGAUCCAAUUGAAACAAUAAUCUACUCUGCGCAUUCGGCUAUAUUUCCCACGAUUAGAUAUGUCUUGACCCGUCACCACACACACUUACCGGCAAGCGUUGAAAUCACAAUGAAUCGCAGGAAAUGUUCUUCUGCACGAGCGUCGACGGAUCAAACCCCUGAUGUGGGGCUCGAACCCACAACCCUCUGACACAGAUGUAAAAGUGCUACCACCGGAGCCAGUCUGAUAUGCACAUUAGGGGUUUAGAGAUGAGUUUCACUCGUCAAUUCAUUGUUAUUUGAGAGGCUUUCGUGG